ACUCCCUAAAAUCGUAAGCCAUGGCGUGGGCUCUGAAGUUGCCCCUCACGGAUGAAGUGAUUGAGUCCGGACUGGUCCAGGACUUUGAUGCCAGUCUGUCGGGCAUUGGUCAGGAGCUGGGGGCUGGUGCAUACAGCAUGAGCGAUGUACUCGCCCUCCCCAUCUUCAAGCAGGAGGAGUCCAACCUUCCUCCAGACUCCGACAACAAGAUCCUUCCCUUCCAGUAUGUUCUGUGCGCAGCUACCUCGCCAGCCGUUAAACUGCAUGAUGAAACACUCACCUACCUCAACCAAGGGCAGUCCUAUGAAAUUAUAAUGCUUGACAAUCGGAAAAUUGGGGAACUUCCGGAAAUCACUGGCAAAAUGGUUAAGAGCAUUAUCCGUGUGGUGUUUCAUGACAGAAGACUACAGUACACAGAGCACCAGCAGCUGGAAGGCUGGCGCUGGAACAGGCCUGGGGAUCGUAUUCUUGACCUGGAUAUCCCCAUGUCUGUUGGCAUAAUCGACCCCAGGGCUAACCCUACUCAGCUUAACACUGUGGAGUUCCUUUGGGAACCAUCAAAAAGAACCUCAGUUUUUAUCCAGGUUCACUGCAUCAGCACAGAAUUCACUAUGCGCAAGCACGGAGGGGAGAAGGGUGUUCCUUUUCGUGUCCAGAUCGACACAUUCAAAGAGAAUGAAAGUGGAGAGUACACAGAACAUCUCCACUCAGCCUCUUGCCAGGUCAAAGUCUUUAAGCCUAAAGGUGCAGACAGAAAGCAGAAGACAGACAGGGAGAAGAUGGAGAAGAGGGCGCCACAGGAGAAGGAGAAGUAUCAGCCCUCGUAUGAAACCACAAUCCUUACAGAGUGCUCUCCCUGGCCUGAGAUCGCAUAUGUCAACAACUCCCCAUCUCCGGCCUUCAACACCACACCAACCAGCUUCCCAGUCGCAGAAGGAAAUGGAUCACCAACCCAUCAGCCCGAGCCUGUUGUUCAGGUAGCAGACAAUUUAUUACCCACAGCCACACCGCAGGAUGCACAACAGUGGCUUCUUAGAAACCGCUUCUCACCUUUCUGUCGUCUCUUCACUAGCUUCUCAGGGGCAGACCUGUUGAAGCUGACCAGGGAGGAUGUUAUUCAGAUCUGUGGUCCAGCUGAUGGUAUUAGACUCUUCAACGCUCUGAAAGGACGGGUGGUACGUCCGAGGCUGACCAUCUAUGUAUGCCAGGAGUCUCAGCAGUCACGCGAACAGCAAACGAAACAUGAAAACGGAGACGCUGCCGCCAACACUUUUUUUGUAUAUCACGCCAUUUACCUGGAGGACCUCACAGCUGGGGAGUUGACAGAAAAGAUCGCUCAGCUCUUCAACAUCUCACCCAGACAGAUAAACCAGAUCUUUAAACAGGGCCCCACUGGCAUCCAUGUGCUCGUUAGUGAUGAGAUGAUUCAAAACUUCCAAGAUGAAGUAUGUUUUGUUUUGGACACAAUGAAAGAUGAGUCAAAUGACGGCUACCACAUCAUCUUGAAGUGAAUACUGGACAAUAGGACAGUAGCGUAGCAUCGUUCUCCUUAGACCCGAUCCAGUCAGCCCCUCUAGAGCUUCAUACUCCUCGAUGUUCCUGGAAUAUGUGAAGACGCCCCAAGACGCCCCUUUUCGAGGCUGUUAGGAGGAACAUGCGACUGAAGCACCUGGCCUCUUCUCACUUACUGUCUUACGUUUUUGAGGGAGUGACCGUGUUACCACGAGUGACGUAACAUUCUCCUUCUUGCCCCCCUUCCCGCCCGCCGCCGAAAGUUUCCCCCUUAAAUGGUUGCAUUUUUCCUCUUGUCGUUUAUGUCUCAUGAUGAAAGAGGUUAGUGGCACCACAGCUGCUAUCGCUGUUAGUCUGCUGAGCAUCUGGUGUGCCAAAGCUCUGUGCUUUCAGAAUCAAGUUUGUUGUCUCUUUUAUAAAAACAACCAAAAAAGGGAAAAAAAACCAUAUCAAAGCGACAAAAGAGAGACAGUUACACAGUUCACAGCAUUUGGCCUUACUGGGAUUUUGGUAGGCCAGUCUGCAAGAAACACGGUAUAGCUCAUACAAUCACAUACUGUAUUUACAUGAAAGCACCACAAGAGGCAUCAACAAUCAGGACAUUAAGCGAAACUGUUAGGAAACUAGCUGUCCUGUGGUUCCUCGAAAAGCCAAGUGUCUUUUUUGCUUUGUUUUUGUUUUUCAGACUCCCAAACACUGCUAGGAUCUUGUAGUUAGUGUAGUAUUGGCACUCAUGGUUGUUACAUAUGAAUCUUGAAUGACGAUAAAACACUGUCUAUGUUAGCGAUCACCAUGGCAACACCAGCAAAUUGUCCCUUCCUAUCCUCCUUAUCAGCUUUUCUUUUAGCACAUCAGCAUUUCAUGAAGUUUGUCUUUCGUGGCAUUUUU